UCGUUGUCCAUGGUGGCCGCGUUCGUCAAAACGCGUGUGUGGCUGAAAUUACUUUGACAAAGGCCUCAACGUCAACACUCACGCGCACGGUCUUUCCACCUUCAACAAUCCCUCCGUCAUGAACCACAUACGUCAAGUGUUAUUUUCCGCAAGACGACCGGUUCGACCGAGCUCACUAGCACUCCUCCGUUGUCGCCGAACGUUCUCCUUCUCAUCGCGACUACAAGCCUCAGAGAAUGAAGAUGCCUUCCUUGCGCAGUUCAAGAACACUUCAAUAUUCGGGAAACUUGCGGACAAACCAGAGGCCUUGAUGGCGCUACGAGAUUUUGCGGAACUUAUGAGGGCUCAAGGGAUUGACGCAAACAGUCCGCCUUCGACGUUGCAGAUGAUGAAGUUGGCUGCGAACUCGGAAUUUAGGCAAGCAGCACAAAAAGUUGUCACUGAGUUGCAAAAGGCGGGCGUGGACAUCACCUCGCAGGAUACUAUGCAAGAGCUUAUGGGCCUGUCCAAGAAGGUCGGAGGGAAUUGAAAUGGACUACUGUAGUGUAAAUAGUACCUACUAGUCUUUGAUAUAAGGGACUUGCCAGUUAUCUUGUGUCGUGAGCUCCUUUCAAUCCUUUCCGUCAUGUCAGACGAGGCAGGAUCGUCCACGAUACAUUCCGAAGCCCCAGAAAGACCCUUGCCAUCUACACCAUUCUAUUCUAUCGAGUAUCCGGGUUAUGUCAAACCCGAAUCUGUUCCGCUGGCCGUGAGUAACCUCGGAGGACCUUCACGCCUUGAAACCGCGUUCAA